AUGGUCAACAGUCUCUGCACCUUGAAAAGAAAUUAUGCCAGCAGCUACUACCAGGAUGGAGAUGUGGUGAUUGGAGGAUUCCUCUCUCUGGAUGUGAUCUCGACUAAUAUUGGUAUAUUUAAGAACAUCACAGAUCGACCACUUCUCCCUCGUGAUUCUGUAGAAUACAUCACCAAACACUAUCAGCAUCUCCUGGCCCUGGAGUUUGCCGUGGAGGAGAUCAACAAUGACCCCAGCCUGUUAACCAAUAUUUCUCUGGGCUUCCACAUCUUCAACGUUCACUUCCAAGGGAUGAUAACAGCCGAGAGUUCCAUGGCUCUGCUCUCGGGGAAAGCCGAGAUGGUCCCCAACUAUAACUGUGAACCGGAGCGGCGGGACAAACUGCUGGCCGUCAUAGGAGGGAUGAAUUCAGAGGUGACCACACCUGGCUCCUGGCUGCUAGGACUCCAUAAGCUCCCCCAGAUCUCUUAUGGUCCAGAGGACCCCACUCUCAGAGACAAGGCCUACUUCCCUUCUCUCUGUCAGAUCUCUGAGAGUUCCUCAGCUCUGCCCUCCGGGAUGAGCUGUCUCAUGAAACAUUUUCAGUGGGUCGGGAUCGGCCUCCUGGUCUCCAAUGACAUUCGAGGGGAGACGUUUACCGCCAUCCUAACGGAGGAGAUGGCCAAGAAUGUAAUCUGUGUGGCUUAUGUUUAUAAAAUAACCACAGGAAGUGUUUCUACUGACGUUCCGCUCCACUUGUCCCUGAAGAAAGUUCAGGUCUAUAUCGGCACCGGUGAGCAGGUCCAUUUGGAUGACCCCGGCUGGGCCACCAGUAGGUGUGACAUCCUGAACUAUCAGAUUUUACAGAACGGCACCAAACUCUGUGUCAAAGUGGGAGAGUCCACCCCCCUGGCCACAGCUGGGCCAGAUUUCACCAUCAGAGAGGAGAAGAUAAUGUAG